CUCCAGAGAUUUAGUUUUCUUUUUUUUUAAUUACCCUAAAGAGUCAAACUAUGGCCGCCUCCUCCAUCGACUCUCUCUACUUUGACAACACCGCCGACAGUGAAGAGGCAGCCGGAUUGUUUGACGAGACAAAGGGCGGCGUCAAGGGCGUCGUCGACUCCGGCAUCACCACCGUGCCGAAGCUCUUCCGGCUGUCGCCUCAGACCGCUUCCCAAUACGGCACCACCCGCAGCAAAUCCCCUUGUCCCUUCGCCGUGCCGGUGAUCGACAUGAAGGACUUGGAGAGCCAAUGCACAGUCGUGGUGGAGGAGAUCCGACGCACUGCGGCCGAGUUGGUUAUGUUCCAAUUGGUGAAUCAUGGAGUGGAAGAGAGCGUGAUGGAGGACAUGAUGGCCGAAGCGCGUCAGUUCCACGAGCAGCCCACGGAAUUUAAGCAGGCUUACAACAGCCGCGACGAGACUGAACGACGUCGAUGAAUUCGACCAUUCUUUAGGUGAUUGGUAUU